UGAUGACGUAGUGCGCAUGCGCGGUAGCUCUCUCCACCGGAAGCUGAUUUAUCCGUUUUGUUUUGGAAGUUGACAGGCACGUGAGCGGCUGACGUUAUCAGGAGAGAGAAAGACCAGACGACAUGGCGGCGGACUCUCUUCUAAAGGUCAUAUUUGAACAUGAAGGAGUCUUCAUCCACCCGAGCAGCAAUGAAAGCCCCACCGAGGAUUCACUCAUCUCCGGCUGCCUCCGCAUUGUCGACAAGGAUGCUGAAGUCUUUGUUGAGUUCAAACCUGUGGAAGAAACAGUCGACACAUCAAACAUGCUGUGUGCUGGAAAGGACUCCAGCUCCGUCAUGGAGUGGGACCAGUGUCCAGGUGAGAAGCUUCUAGAGAGCCAGCAGAGCUACGAGACGGAGUGGGACAUGGUGAACGCCGUGUCCUUCAAGAAGAAGAGCUGCACUAACGGAGAAGGCGCUCUGAACCACAGCCACGAGAAGAGUGGCGGUGCGUUCAGCUUCGCCCUCAGCGACCUCAGGUCCGUCACCCUGAAGGAAGAAGGUUGGACCUUUCUGGUGCUGAAGCUGAAGGAGUCCUGCUCCUCCCCACCUGCUCUGCAUUUCCACCAGGGCGGCAGCAAAGAGUUCCUGGAGAGCCUGAGGAGGUUUGCUCUGCUCAGCGAAGCUCCAGAAGAUGAGUCAUGUCUGCUGGUCGGUUCUCCAAUCAAAGCUCUUUCUCAGUCCUUUGAGAACCUGCUGGAUGACAACAACUUCGGCCUGGUUCAGCAGAAGUUCAGGAAGGACCCCUACGUCACCACGCUGGGGGGCUUCUCCAAAGUCACCAACUACAUCUUCGAUGCCUUCCGGGGGACAGAGGAGCAGCACCAGCGCCCCCCCGAGGAGGUGGCCGACCUCCUGGGGGAGGUCAUCCCCGGGCUGGAGAUCAACCAGCAGGAGGAGCCCGGCUUUGAGGUCAUCACCAGGAUUGACCUGGGGACGAGGCCUGAGGUGACUCGUACUGGGCCUCUGUCCUCAGAGGACUGGAGCAAACACCAAGAUGCAGAGGGCAGAAUGAUCAACAUCUCACGGCUCAAACAAACCAUCUUCAAAGGAGGACUCUGUCACGCUGUGAGGAAAGAAGCUUGGAAGUUCCUGUUGGGUUAUGUCCCCUGGGACAGCUCGCUGGAGGAGAGGAAAAUCGCUCAGAGAGCCAAAACUGACGAGUACUUCAGGAUGAAGCUGCAGUGGAAGUCAGUGAGUGAGGAGCAGGAGAGGAGGAACUCCAGACUGAGAGACUACAGGAGUCUGAUAGAAAAAGACGUGAACAGAACAGACCGAAGCAACCACUUCUACGAAGGCAUCGAUAACCCGGGUCUGGUCCUCCUCCACGACAUCCUCAUGACCUACUGCAUGUUGGACUUUGACCUUGGUUACGUCCAGGGGAUGAGCGACCUGCUGUCUCCCAUCCUCUACGUGAUGGAGAGCGAGGUGGACGCCUUCUGGUGCUUUGUCUCCUUCAUGGACCAAAUGCACCAGAACUUUGAGGAGCAGAUGCAGGGCAUGAAGACUCAGCUGAUUCAGCUCGGCACUCUACUCAGACUGCUGGACUUGUCCUUCUGGAACUACCUCGAGUCUCAGGAUUCUGGUUUCCUGUAUUUCUGUUUCCGCUGGUUGUUGAUCAGGUUCAAGAGAGAGCUCAGCUUCCACGACGUGCUGAGACUCUGGGAGGUGAUGUGGACCGGUCUGCCCUGUGACAACUUCCACCUGCUGGUCUGCUGCGCCAUCCUGGACUCCGAGAAGCAGAAGAUCAUGGAGGAGAACUACGGCUUCAACGAGAUCCUUAAGCACAUCAAUGAGCUGUCCAUGAAGCUAGACGUGGAAGAAGUCCUUCAGAAAGCAGAGGGCAUCUGUCAGCAGAUCAGGAGCUGUAAGGACUUGCCUCGCUCCAUCAGCGUCAUCCUGGGUCUUGGUGCUGCUCCGGGUCCAGGACCUGCUCCAGGACCAGGUCUGGAUCCUGACUCCGAUGUCCGUGACUGUGGGGUUGCUGCGUCCCUCAGGCCGAGCCGCCGACCGGAGGCCUGCUCCAACGGACUGUUGAGAGAAAGCAGCUCUCACAAUGGCUGCCGAGUGGCCUUCAUGUCGUAGUCUAUGGAGACCACCCCGUCGCCACGGCGACACAGACCCACAGGACAAGACUUUAAAAAGGAUUUGAGAUUAUUCAGAAUCAUAUUUUUGUAAUUUCUUCUACCUUAUUGUGUAUCGGUCUCUCCACGAGUCCUGAAGCUCCAUUCAGACGUCAGGUCUGUUGCUAUGGUAACAGCGAGUGGGUGACUGUGCUCCUCCGUGUCAGGUGACCUCUCACUUCCUGUUCCCGGGCUAACAGAGGCACACACCCAGAGCAUCCAAGUUUCUAUUCACAAUGUCUGCCUUCACCUCCUGAAGAGAGGGGAGGAGCAGGAGAUCCUCAGGAGGUUUGAAUGGCUCUUCAGACGCAGCGUGGUGGUUUAUCUCCUCACGGUGAGUCUGACCUCUGACCUCCUUCAGUUUUAAUCCUAUGACUCUGAAUGGAAGGAGGAGCUCCUGUGAUCAUCACAGCUGGAGACACAUGUACAUUCAUAUGAGAUGGAUAUGUGUGUAGUUCAGUCACCACUGGAGUGUCUUCUGGUUUCAUCCAGAUGUGGUUCUGGUUCCGACAGUAAAAACCACAUCUGGCGGAGAUGUAAACAAAUUCUCAUGAGGUGUUGACUGGUUACCGUGGUAAUUCAUCACCUGCAGUCGGGACGUCUCAGGACAACAGUCCUUUUACGUUGAGUUUCCUGUGAUUCCUUCACAAUUAAAGCCCAGCAUUUUAAUAUGAAGGAAUCUGCAUCUACUCGUUAAGAAAACCAGAUGUUUAUCUCCACAAAUAUCAAAGUGUUUCUUCGGAAGCAGCACCAUCACAACUCUGAUGUACUGCAGUUUUUUUUCCAUCCUUGCAUUAAAUAUCUAUAAAUAUAUAUCUCAAAUCCAUCUGGUUCUUAAUAAAGUUUUCUUUAAAACACA